UUUCAAUUUUCAUGGCAGGGUUCUUUCUGCGCUUAUUUUAUAGAUUUUAAAAAUACAGUAUACUUUAUGAUUUAAAAAAUUAAUUAAAUAAAUAUGUUAAUUAACGGUAACGUAACUUUAAGAUUUAAAGCAGCUGAAUUGCAUUACUUCAACUGGUUAUACAGUGUGGCACCAUGUUUUGCUGUAAACGCGUCCAAAAUCAAUAUAAUUACUGAUCCGCGGAAGUUCUACGAUUCUUUAUAUGAAAGGUUUAAAACAGCUAAUCGCCGGAUAUCGGUGGCUAGUUUAUAUAUAGGAACGGGGGCUCUGGAAAAGGAUUUGUUGAAAGUGACAAAGGAAAAUAUGAUGGGGAAUAAGGCCUUGAAAUUGAGUGUUUUACUGGACUAUCAGCGAGGAACACGAGGUGAGGUAAACUCACGGAGCUUAUUACAAGAAUUUUUGACAACUAUUCCAGAGCAGUGUAAUAUUUCUUUAUACCAAACGCCUCGUCUUCAUGGCUCUUGGUCCAAAGCUCUGCCAGCCAGAUAUAAUGAGAUUGUGGGUCUUCAGCACAUGAAACUGUAUAUAGUUGAUGACUCGGUACUGUUGAGCGGGGCCAACUGUUCCAAGGAUUACUUUGAGAGGAGACAGGACCGCUAUAUUGAAAUCCAGGAUGCAGACUUGGCUGAUUUUUACUGUGAACUUAUAGAUGAAAUGAGUAACUACAGCAAAAGAUGUGUUAAAGAUGGUUAUAUUGAAAAUAAGCAUGCUUCAAGAGAAGCAGUGACUCAGGAAGUAAAUGAGAAGAUAAUUAACUUCAUCGAGAGAUGGCAUAAUAAGCAGUAUUCAAGCACUUUAUCUAGUGUUUCAGAUCCCAAUAAGGACACAUGGGUAUUUCCACUAAUCCAAAUGGGCGAGUUUGAUGUCCGGCAAGAUGAAAGAGUGACGCAAGGCUUACUCGGCUCCGCUCCAUCCCACUCUCUCAUCAGACUGGCCACUGGCUAUUUCAACUUGACUGGAGAGUAUGCUGACACUCUGCUAAAGGAUUGCAAAGCAAACAUUAGUUUGUUGAUGGCUCAUCCCAAUGCAAACGGAUUUAUGGGGGCUUCAGGGCCCGCAGGGGGCAUUCCUCACGCAUAUUCCCUGAUAGCAAGGAAAUUCUGGAAUCGAGUAGAGGCGUCAAAUCAAACGAACAGGGUGCAGAUGUUGGAGUAUGAACGACCAGACUGGACAUUCCACGCAAAGGGUUUAUGGUACUACCCGCCGGGCAGUGGGGUCCCGUGGGCCACGCUGGUGGGCUCGGCGAACCUCGGCGAACGUUCUGUCAAGCGCGACCUCGAGGCGCAGGCUGCUAUUUUCACAGUCUCAUCUGAACUACAGGAAAAGCUUCACAAUGAGAUCGCUCUCCUACAUGCGCACGCGGCGGAGUGCAGCCGCGAGCUGCAGGAGCGCUCGGCGCCGCUGUGGGUGCGCGCUACUGUCGGCCUCUUCCGGACAUAUUUCUGAACUAAGGGUGACAGGCAUUCUUAUACAGAGCAGCAAUAACAUAAUUGUCUUGUUUUGGACCGCACUUCGCUGCCCCAAUAUUACAGGGUUCUAUACAUUUCAAAAUAGUUGAAAUUCGACUUAAUGUCACUGGGUCUCUAUUGUUUCCCAAAUAGUUUUAAGUCAUAAUGUAUUGUUUGUCCGAAUUUUCGUUAGUCAUAAUUGUUUUUUCUCAGAAACGCGUAACUUUUCAGGAUUGCCAUAAAACAAACCUAACCUAACCUAACCUAUCUACAGAAUAACCUUACGAAAAUCCUGAAAAGUUAACGGUUUCAGUUUUAUGACUAACGAUAAUAUGACAAACAAUACAAUAUGACUUAAAACUUUAUGAGAAACAAAGGGACCCCAAUGUCACUAUCAUCA